AUGAUGAUGGCGGACAACAAGUCGAUGGCGAUGCUGCCGGAGGAGAUGAUUACGGAGGUGCUGGUGCGUCUGCCCGUGAAAGCCAUCCUCAGAUCCCGCGCCGUCUGCCGCCGCUGGGCGGCGCUGGUAUCCUCCGAGGAGUUUUGCGCGGCCAAGGAGGCCGCCGGCGCUGGGUCGGCAACGGAGCCCGUUAAGCUGCUGUUCCUCUCACGGACCGCGAGAUUCGACUCCACUGAGGUGCGCUCCAGCGACGACGACGGCGGCAUGCCGCUGCUCACUCUCAACGGCAUGCGCCGCGACGAGGCGCGCAUGACGUCCACGCCCUGCCGCGGCCUCACCCUCCUGCACGACCCUUACAGCGGGUUCUACGUCCUGAACGCCGCCACGCGAGCAGUCACCAUGCUGCCGCCUUGCGAAGACAAGAUCCUUCAUUCGACAACGGCCGGCCUCGGGUUCGACGCCAAGACUAAGGAGUCCAAGGUCGUGCGGCUGUUUAUCGGCGACGGCGUGACACCCUGGGAAGCAUUCACCAGGGCCAGGUGCGAGGUGCACACCCUUGGGGGAGAUCGCUGGAGGACAAUCUCUGUCGAAGGCGUGCCGUGCAAGUUCGCGGGGGCCGCGCUGUUCGGGGCUGUGUGCGACAAACUGGCACCGGUGUUCGCCGACGGGUUUCUGCACUGGCUCAUCCACCCAAAGUUUCACUUCGCCACAAGGCCAGCAGCCGCGGUGCUGUCUUUCUCCGUCGCAGACGAGACGUUCAGCUGGGUCCGGGCACCGCCCUUCGACUGGGAAGGAGCGCACCUGACGGAGCUCGACAGCGGGCUGUGCAUGGUCCGGGAGGACCUCCUCCCUCGUGCUUCUGUUCUUAGUUCGUUGGAGAUCUGGAAGGUUAGGGAAGAUAAUGGUGGCUGGUCGCUGGAGCAUCGCGUCGACUUGGUACGGCUUGGUUAUAAAACAGGAUAUGUGCUGACUGUGCCACAGUAUGGCAGAGUUGUUGGCAAACAAGGAAAGAAGAUGAUCCUCGCCACGUCCUUUGGCAGGGUUUUCGCCUAUGAUCUCAUGUCUCAAACCCUAGAACUAAUCCUUCGACUCGGAGGAAUUUCUCGUUAUGAAACCGAGCGACCUGUUGCAAGAAUCUCUUUGUUUAAAGAGCGCCUUACUCCAGUGCAGAGGCACGGUGCUAAACUGCAAUGA